AUGGACAUUGACGACUUGUUUGCCAACUUUGGUGACUCGGCCCCUAAAGCAUCCAAGCCUUCCAAUGGAGCUUCUGGUCCUGCCACCACCAACACCAAUGGAAAGAAACGAGCUGCUAACGACGAAGCUCCAACAUCGAAAAAGCUGAGGAACGACAAGGCUGCAAAGGAUGAUGCUCCAGUCAAAACUAUACGAAUUCUAGAGGCAAAUCAACCCGUGCCUCUCGUAGCUGAUGAAUUCGCGCAGGAAUUCUCAAAGGAAUACACUGUACGAGACUCUGAUGCUACCGUCCCAAACGCAACUACACCCAAUGCAGCUAGUAGUAGCAGCUUAAAUGAACCACAAGCAACUCUGAAAAUAUCAGGGCAGGUCAGGCAUCAAGUUGCUCUACCUCCAGAUUGGCCAAACUACAUACCACUACACGAACACGUCAACGACCCAUCUCCCGCUCGUACAUAUCCCUUCCAACUAGAUCCCUUCCAACAGCUGUCCGUAAAAAGCAUAGAACGUAACGAAUCUGUACUAGUGUCCGCCCAUACAUCGGCUGGUAAAACGGUAGUAGCUGAAUAUGCCAUAGCACAAGGGCUUCGCAACAAGACGCGAGUCAUAUACACGUCGCCCAUCAAGGCCUUAUCCAACCAAAAGUAUAGAGAGUUGCUUGAAGCUUUUGGAGAUGUAGGUCUGAUGACUGGUGAUGUUACAAUAAAUCCAACAGCUAGUUGCAUCGUCAUGACCACCGAGAUUCUCAGAUCCAUGUUAUAUCGUGGUAGUGAUAUAUCUCGUGAAGUAUCUUGGGUCAUCUUUGACGAAAUCCAUUAUAUGAGAGACAAGUCUCGUGGUGUGGUUUGGGAAGAAACUAUCAUCAUGUUGCCUGACCAAGUUAGAUUCGUCUUCUUAUCAGCCACCAUCCCAAACGCUAUGCAGUUCGCUCAAUGGAUUUGUCGUAUUCAUAAACAGCCUUGUCAUGUUGUCUAUACAGACUAUCGACCUACUCCACUUCAACAUUACAUAUUUCCAGAAGGAUCCUCUGGUAUACAUCUAGUAGUAGACGAGAAGGGUGAAUUCAAAGAACAAGUCUUUCAACGAGCCAUAUCGUCGUUGACUUCUGACGAAGAAAAGAAGAGCAAGAAGAUGAACAAGAAGGGCAAGAAGGAUAUAUCUACUCAAGGCAAGGGCAAAAACUGA